UUGUGAACGGAUAAGAAGAAUCUCGUAGAGAUUAACAUAUCCAUGCUAUACAAAAAAGGAAGAGACCGGCACUUGUAAGAAGAAACAAACUCCAGUACGAGGUGAGGAAGCUAGGCUAGAGAGAGAGAGAUGGAAGAAGUUGAAAGCAGAGAAUGGUACUUGGCUGCUUAUGCAGCUGAAGGUGUUCCAACUUCUGAUCAUCUCAAACUCCGUACGGUCACACUCUCACUAUCCCCUGAUUCCAUUCCCGAACAACAUGUCAUUCUUGAGAUCCUCUUCAUUUCCGUCGAGCCAUAUUUACGCAGCAGAAUUACUGGCCGGGAAGAUGGGCUAUACAGCCCCCAGUUCAACCUUGACGAGUUCGUGGCAAGAAGGAUCGAUCCAAAUAAUGGGAUUCCCUUGCCUGAAUAUAUCAGUUCGAUAGCGGUUACUGGAUUAUCAAGAAGCUCAAAUCAGAGGGUGCCGGGGUUUGCAGCAUGGGUGGGAAUUGAGUUGCUGGCAGACCCAAAACCAGGAUCCAAUGUGUUCAUUUCAGCUGCUGCAGGGGCUGUUGGAAUGUGUGCUGGACAGUUGGCCAAGCUCAGAGGAUGCAGGGUCAUCGGAAGCACCGGAUCAGAUGAGAAGGUGAGGCUAAUCAAGGAGGAAUUUGGAUAUGAUGAUGCUUUUAACUACCACACAGAGACAAAUUUUGAUGCUGCUUUAAGCAAGUAUUUCCCUAAUGGAAUCGAUGUCUACCUUGACAAUGUUGGCGGUGAAAUGCUUGAGGCUGCUCUCAACCAUGUCAACAAGCAUGCCAAGGUCCCUCUUUGUGGCAUGAUAUCUGGCUACAAUAAGGUUUGGACUGAGAGAGAGGGGGUGAGGAAUCUGUUGAAUUUAAUCGGAAAGGAGGUGAAUAUGCAAGGGUUCAUGGUGGGUUCAUAUGUGCAUCGUUUUGGAGAUUUUGCAACCGAGAUGGAGAGCCACCUAAAGCAAGGCAAGAUUGGUUAUUCUAAGCUCAAAAUCUUCCAUGGAAUUGAAACAUUCUUGGAAAGCUUGGGGUCCCUCUUCACCAGCUCUAAUGUUGGAAAAGUUGUAAUCCAAGUCAAGUGAUUUUUUUGGGUUGAAGUAAAUCUAUGUUAAGGCAUUAAUGCUUCAUGAAAACGAUCUAAAUAGGACAUGGUUUUUGGUUUGGGAAAUUCAAGUCUCCAGAUUGGCAACUUCUUAAGAAUUUAAAAGCGUUUGUACUAAUUAUUUUCAAUAAAAUUAUUUGCACACACAAAAUUAA